AUGGGGGACUCUUUUAUCAUAGCUAUAGAUUUUGGAACUGCAUUUAGUGGACAUGCCUUCAGCUUGACUACCAGAGAGGCUGAGAGUGAUAUCCACAUAAAAAUGUGGGGAGCAGAUGUUGGUCAACAGACUCCAAAGAGUCCUACAUGCAUCCUCCUCAGUGAGAAGGAAGAAUUUCUCAGCUUUGGUUAUAAAGCUCAAACUGAAUAUUUUAGAAUGAAGGCAAAACGCGCCAAAGAUUGUUUCUUUUUUGACAGGUUUAAGAUGUCUCUCUACGGUAAAAGCUGCAACAGGGAUCUGAAAAUCAAAGCAGCCAAUGGGAAGGAAUUAACAGCCCUAAAGGUUUUUACAGAAGCUCUCAGAUUCUUGAAAGAUGAUGCACUGGAAACCAUCAAUAAAAGUGCAGCUGGUAAAAAGUUCACAGCUCGUGACUUCACCUGGUUACUGACUGUUCCAGCCAUCUGGGAUCAUUCAGCUAAACAGUUCAUGAGAGAAUCUGCAAUGCAGGCAGGCAUUGUAACAGAAAUAAAUCAAGAAAAUCUUGUCAUUGCACUGGAACCAGAAGCAGCAUCUGUUUGGUGUAAGAAGUUGCCAGCCAAUGGUUUCAUAGCAGAACACCAAGGAAAAGAAACACUAGACCAUUCUCCAGGGACACAAUAUGUUGUUGUUGACUGUGGAGGAGGAACCAUUGACAUUACUGUUCAUGAAGUUCUAAAAGGAGGAGCCUUAAAGGAGUUGCACAAGGCCUCUGGGAACAAUCUGGGAGGAGAAACUGUGGACAGAAAAUGUAAAGAGUUUCUAAGAAAAAUAUUCUCUGAUGGCGUCUGGGAUGAAUUUGAAGAAAAACAUCCCAACAAUGUUAAGAAAAUGAUGUAUGAUUUCACAGUUUUCAAAAGACAAGAUGACGAUGCAGAGAUUUCCUGUCCUUUGAAACUUGGAGAUAUCGCUAAGAAAAAGAAAGAAAUGGAGCAAUUCUUCGAAGGAGUGGAAGGAGCAUUCUGGGACGAUGGAUCUAUUGUCAUCACUAAACAGAAACUGAGCUCUUUCUUUGUAGAAAGUCUGCAAGGCAUCACUCAGAGUCUCAAAGAAAUAUUUACAAAAGGGAUAAAUGUUGAAUACAUUCUAUUAGUAGGAGGCUAUGCUGACAGCAAGAUUCUGCGAAAACAUGUCAAUGAUAGUUUUGGGAAUAAAUGUAAAGUUCUGUGUCCAAUUAGGCCACAGGAAGCAAUCCUCAGAGGAGCUGUAGAGUUUGGGAGAAAUCCACACUUGGUGGCAUCUCGUAAAAGUGCCUUCACAUACGGAAUCAGAGUAUCUCGAAGGUUUAACAAUUUCAAACACAAGGCAGAAAAAAAAUUCACCAACAAAGAUGGUGAGUGGUGCAGGGAUAUUUUCAUGAAACUGGUGGACUCUGGUGAGGAUGUGGGUUGGGAUGAAACCAGAUCCUUCAGCUUAUAUCCCACUCAAGCAGAUAUGAAGAUGAUGAACUACAACUUCUACUGCACAAAAAACAGGAGUCCAAAGUAUGUGGAUGAAGAAGGAGUAGAGAAAAUUGGCUACUUCUGUCUGUACUCUCCAAACACUAAGCGAGGUCUGAGUCGUGAACUCAAACUGAAUAUUAAGUUUGGCUUCACAGAAAUGACUGCAGAAGGCAUUGACAUAGAUUCUGACCUAAAAUCAUCAAUCGAACUCGAUUUUAUGAGGAAUUAAAAUCAUCAAGAUCCAAGAAAUUCAUUGAGUGCAGAAGAUCAAUGUGUUUUUGUACUGUGUGUUACGUAUGUAUGUGUAUUUGUAUUGUUCUGACCUUUUAUCUUGUAUCUAUUUUUGCUCUGAAAUUGUGGGCCAUCAUCACAU